AUGAUGAUCAAUAGCCUUGAUGCUCGUGAUAGCCCACCACAGUCUAUCAAGAGUAUUUACAAAAAAUACCAGAAGCUCACGCUUGAGGCCAUUCAAUCAGAUCCUUCGAUCCUUGACUUUCGCCGGGGCUUGAGUGGUGAACAGCAAUGCAGAGCCCAAAAAGUUGGCAUUGUGCCGUUAUUCUCAAUAGAUGCUGCGUGUUCCCACCUUAGACUCGCUGAAGAUCAUAAGGGCGUGGCGCCUAGUGUGGACGUGCCGAUUUAUGAACCCAAAGCUGUACCAGGACUGCUCAUAUUACCAGCUUUAGUACCCGAACAUGCCCAGCAAGAUCUUCUAUCCAAAUUACUACAUAGGGAUCUAGCAGAUCCAAGACACCAGACGAAUGUACAUUUACAUCAUCUACUUCCAUAUCAAGCUACCAACCCGAGGAAGACCGGCCUUUCAAAUGUUGGCAAUGCUUCAUUCUUCACUAUGUCUCCUGUGUCUCCUGAACUUUUCCCCCCGAUUGAUCACACAAGCCAUAAGGCUCUAACUGUGUCGCAAUUUCUCAAUCGAAAGCUACGUUGGAUGACCCUAGGCGGUCAAUACAAUUGGACAGAAAAGAAGUACCCGGCUGAGAAUGCUCCAUCUUUUCCGGAAGAUAUAGCAGCUUUUUUUCACCAUCUGUUUCCUGAUAUGAGGCCAGAAGCGGCAAUCUUGAAUGUAUACGCUCCGGGAGAUACCCUCAGCGUGCAUCGUGAUGUGAGUGAGGAGUCUGAUAAUGAGCUGGUGAGCAUCAGCUUUGGCUGUGAUGGCAUUUUUAUUGUUGGGCUCGAAACUGAAAAGGGCGAGGAGCCGAAAUGUGUUGGUGUACGCUUGCACUCAGGAGACGCCGUCGUUAUGAGCGGACCAGCUCGGUUUGCUUGGCACGGCGUGCCUCAAGUCAUUGGUAACAGUUGCCCAGUAUCAUUGCGUGACUGGCCCGCCAUCGCGGAUGAUGAGAGCACAACCAGCGUCGGCGAAGACCCCUACGAAGCGUGGCGAGGUUGGAUGUCGAAUAAGAGAAUCAACCUGAACAUGCGCCAAAUGAAAGAUUGA